AAAUCUAUCGUGGUCUUUGUUGACUUCUGGAUGAAUGUAAGUUCAGAGCCAUAUCAGGAGAAGAUCAAGCAUGCUGUUAUUGGAUGUAUCAUGCAGCUGUGUAGCUGGCCACUGUUAAGACUGAAUGAAGCAGCUUGUCAACCAGGUGAGUGCAGGGACUUCCUCUUCACAAAGGUGCAAUCAACACUAAGACAGGCUUUGAUCAUAUGACAGUUGAUCAGUAGUUACCAGCAGUCAUUCCUUCUUUAGAAAAGGAUUAGAUAUGAAUUGAACAAACUUUUGUAGAUAAUUUUUAAAUGCUGGGACCUCAUUUCUGCAUUUCAGUGUACAUUGCCUUGAGUUACUUGUAGGGCAACACUUCUGUGUGCAUAUUGUUUGUGAAAGGCGGACACUACAAUGAACCUGUGCAAGCAGAACUAAGAGUCCUACAUUUAUUAGUGGUAAAACGUUGCAAAAGCUGCAGUUCAUGCUCAUUUCAGCAGAAGACUACAUCUCACUACAGAGAAGAACACUUGGUAGAUCUUGCCAGGACUGGGAGACAUAAGUUGGAAGAAUUAAGCCAAGACAAGGAUGGCAUUAAAUACAGCAGGACAAAAUGAUAUGUAGAUAUGAGGAUGGCAUUGACAUCGGGACAAGAUACAGUAACCAGGAAGUUAGCAAGCCCAAAACAGGAAUACUAAAUAGGAACAUGGAGCUAUGCCAAGGCAAGAACAAGCCUACUUAGAGAAGAAAAUAGGCUUUGCAUGCCUAGACAAGAAAAACGAGUGCUGACAUGGGAGUAAUUGGUGUAAAGAGAAGAAUGCUAACAUCUUGUUUGAUCUAAAAUUUCCAGCUUACUAUACAAGGUACAUUGCAGCAGGCUGUACACAUAUGCUGCAGCUGGUCACAGAGUCAGACUUUGCAUGUCAAGAAAAGAAUCAAGGUUUGCAUGCCAUUUCCAGUGGACCACAAAAUACAGGUGAAAAUUAUCAAUCUGUAUAACCAACAUACAGCUCUGAACUAAGAAAACAAUGCUGCUGAAAAAACAGAGCUGAAGGUGUAUCUGCCUUCAUGAGAAUACAGCUAACCCUACGAAAAAUUUGCAGCAGAAAAAAAGUGCAGUUGAACACAUGAAGAAUUUUAGCAGAGAACAGAAAAUUGCAGCCCAUGUCAAGAAUUUUCAGCAGACAGCAGAAGAAUACAGUAGAACACAUGAAGAAUUUGUGGCCAACUACAGGACAAAAAUACUGGCAACCAGGGUGAGUGUGCAGCAUGUAUCAGACACCUGACCACUUGAGAGUUUGUAGCUGAAACAGAAGAAUGCAGAUCAUAACAAAUUUCCAGUGGACCAUGAAUGGAACUGACUUUACCAGGCAUUCACAUCUUACUGCACAAGGGUGCAGCUAACCAUAUUAAAAAUUUGCAGCCAACUACACAAAAAGGUCUGCUCACACAGAAGUGACUAGGGAAUGACUGUGCACCAGGUGUCAUCGGGAUUUCUGCAUUGAAGUGUUCAGCAUUCUCAAGGAAAACUAUCAAGCAGAUGAUCACAUAUGAAGUCCCUGAAGGCACAGACACUAUGCACGUCAUUUCAGUCAUGUAAAGCCUUCAGGCUUUUGUUUGUUUUGUUUUUAACAAGAAACUUCAAUAUUUCCACUUUGGAUGUUGAAGGACCAUUUUUUGUGCUUGUUCAUUGACUGUGUUACUGGAAUCUAACACUUUGUGGAAUUAUGUGAAAAAGCAAGGUAACUGUGAAUUUAAGCAAGAAUCUGUACGUGACAAGUAGGAGUACAGAGCUGAAAAGGACCAUGUUAAAAUGCAGAAGGAUGACGUCUCUGUUUCCCCCUGCUUUCAGUGAACUGGCCCGUGAGAAGUGUGUGCAUGCAAGAACAGAUUGAUAGAAUAGUCUGACAGUGGCCAGGUCAGUUCGGUGAUCAUUCUAUAUUGCUAACCACUGUCAAACAGCCUAAGAAGCAAAAUUUGACCAUAGUGAGCAGACUUGAAGAUGUGAAGCACAACCAGUCUGGUGUUGCUACCUUUGCCAGGAGUUCAAGUAGCCUGUCAUCAACCACUGAUAAAUGAAAGGGGCAUAACACAUUCAGAAAUUGUGAGUGCUGUUUCUUGCCUUAAUAUCUCAAGGGAGGAGAAUCUUGAGCAGCUUACCAGUCACACUGAGGCAAGGAAGCAUCUCUGUGUGCAGUGCUAUGUGAUGCUGCAGGCUUUGGAUGGCAGAUGAUAUACCGCACUGUCAUGUGAUCUUCCCACAAGGCUUACUACUUCAGAAGUGGAUUGGUUUCAUCUUCAUGAUGGAUCAAGCAGUGGUGAUGAUAAAAAUGUCCAUAUUUCCAGUGUGCCUAAGGGCACAACACAAGAAUUACUCUUACUUACCUUCCCCACAUCACAUGCAAUACGCAUGCCCAGAGAAGGAUCAGAUAAUGGGUCUGUUGUGAUUGAGUACAGCAAUGCCAAUCAGGCCAAAGACAUUGUCAGAUCUUAUAUCAGUGUCAGCAUCAACAAAGUUAAAUUGCGUCUUACCUGGAAUGGCUUGUCUCGUGAAAAAUUACCUGUUCCACCUCCCAAGAAAGUUGAUGGGAAAGUCUUCCAAAUUCCUGUACGAGAUGGCUGGCGUGAAGGAAAGACCAAAUCCCAGGAUCGUCGGGAGUCACGUGAGUUAAAGGAGUUGUUUGGAAAUGCACCUGGCGGGGCAGCUGAGACAAACACUUCCAUCAGUGAAAACGAAGAGUCUUCAAAUAUUCAAGAACCUUCUAGCAGUCAGGGCAACCAGAAAGUGCAAACGCCACCAACAUCCCAAGAGUCCAAGGUGGGAGAUGUGGCGGGGAGAACAUUAAAGUCUUUAUCAUUCAGCCCUCGGAGCGGAGAAGGUUGCCAUGACAGGAAACAGGAGGAAGAGGGAGGACAAGGUGUAAGACAGGAAGGCACGGACAUUGUGGAAGGCACUGAAGUGAUAUCACCAGACUGGGAAAGGGACCAUCCAGAUAGAGAGUCCAUUUCACCAGAUUGGGACGAUAGCCCCAACAAAGAGGACACCAAGUGUCAAAAAGAAACAUCACAACAUCAGCGUCUAGCCAGGGAUGACAUCCAGCAAUCUAGAGUGAGGCAGAGGCAAGGCAGACAUUCUGAUAAGGACAGUGGAAGGACAGGGAGAAAUGCACAGUCAGAUAAAGGAUUGCGCAAGGAUGCUAGAGACUUGGAGCUUUCUCGCAGAGACUCUAGGAGACCUUCCUCAGAUGCAGCAAGAGAGGCUUUGAAAGACAGCUACCAGAGUGGAAAGAGAUCUCGAGAGGAGGGAGAUUAUAGCAUGAUGAGAAGCACAGACCAGAGAGCUGGAACUAGCAUGGCACAUCGCUUCGAAAAUUCAGUGUAUUCUCAAAGACGCCCAAGUCCGCUCCGGUCAACACAGAGGUACAUUAGAAGUCCUAGGCAUUCUCCUAAAAGGCUUCGCAGAAGUUCAAGUCCACCAAGGCAUCGGAUAGGACCCCAUUUAAGCAGAAGUCCACUGGCAAAGCACCGCAGCAGUAUUAGCCCUUCAAGGAUUUUACCAGACCAACUUAGGAGUGUGAGUCCUAUAAGACCAUCAGUUGGGCAUGAUAACAGGAGCAGAAGUCCAGCAAAACAAAGAGCCCCCAAAACAUUCACUCCAGAAAGGGAUGUUAGGGAUGCAAAACUCUUGGCUCAGAUGUUGCUCAAGAGCCUCAGUCCUUCUCGGUCUUCUCAACCUCCAAAGGAAAAAGGAGAUUGGAAUGCUGGCCAGCAAUCUGGGUUUCAGAGGACAGGAUGGAACGUGGGGAAUUCUGGAGACCAAAAAAACAUCUUAUCAUCUCAGUCCACUCUAGUUACCCGUGGACCUUUGUUCCCAAUAGGGCUGCCCUCAGCAUCCCAUCCAGUUACUGCUGGCAGUUUCAUUGCUGCCAAAGGACCGGCAUCCACAAGCGGUAAUUCUUCACUGCAGAAGAUCCCUGGGCUGGAUCUAGCUGUUGCAGAGGACAUGAGAACCAGAACCCAAGACAGAUUCUUAGAGCAGGUGCAGUCCCUGAGCAGACCCGAAGAAAAGUUGCCUCAGUUUAUGGCAGGUGGUGUGAGUGAAGGUGUCUUGUAUGGAACUGCCAGCGAGGCAUUCAGACAGAAGCCUGAUUUGCAAAAAAAAGGAACUAGUAGUUCUUUCGGCACCAGAGAAGAGCCCUUUAGGCCAUCUUACCAGCCUGACAGCCAGAAGACAAGCUGGGCAAACAAGCUGGAUGCUGUCCAGACCUGGCCAUUGUCAGAUAAAUCCCAGAUUACAGCUAUUUCUGAACCAACAAGUGAGAGAACUCUUACACCAAAGACAGGUUUGAGCUCAAAUGCUUUGGCUGGACGGGAUCUUAUGGUGCUCAGGCAAGAGGCUGCAAGGCAUCUUGCUUCCCUUGAGAAAUCAGCUGGUGGAGCUAAGAAGGAUGAGGGCAGACAAGAUUUAAGGACACCAUUAAGAGCUGAAACAUCAGGUAAUGCUGUUGUAAUGGACUAUGGACACCAGUCACGAAAACGCGAAGCUGAGCAGAAGCCCAUAGAUGUUCCACUAAAGCGAAUUCGAGAUGAAGGUUUUGGAAAGGACAUAAUGUCUGUGGGAAAUCAGGAUUCUAUGGCAGGUGGAUCAAAGAACCAGCAGAAUUUAGGUGGUGCUUGGAGCAGGGAUGAUAGCAGGACAGGACUUGGAGGUAUUCAGAUGCCAUGGAAAUCACUAGUUCAUAGUUCUGAGGGAUCAGGACUGGGGCCAUCGCCAUCUGUUCGGGAUUUGAAAGUGUUGAGCGUGGAGGACAGCUUGGACAAGCAUAUAAUGUACCUGGACUUGGGCCAUCACCUGUGCGAGGAUUUGAUGGACCUGGUCUUCAGCCACCAGGGAGAAUGAUUGACGGAUCUGGAUUUGGAGCAUCUGCAAGCCGAGGAGUGGAAGGACCUGCAUUUAUGUCACUGACAGGAAGAGGGCCAGAUGGACCUGGACUUGGUAGAGGAAGAGGAUCUGAGGGCUCUGGUUUAGGGCCACAACAGGGUCAAGGGAAAGAUGGACCAGGACGAGGGCCACAAUCAGGACAGGGCUUAGAAGGGCCUAGCUUUCAUCGAACUCCGGGAAGAGGACCAGAUGGGACUAUGCUUGGUCCACAGUUAGGGAGAGACCCUAAUAGACCUGGACAACUUGGACAAGGGCUGCCAUCAAGACAAGGGCCUGGGCUAGGACAGCCACCAGGAUUAGGCCCAGAUAGUUCAGAACAGGGCCCAAUGCAAGGGCGAGGGCCAGGUAGACCAGGUUUUGGACAUCCAUCUUGGCAGAGCCGGGAUGGUGCAGAAUUUGGGCAUGGCCCUGGGUCUGUUAGCCAAGGAAUGAUGUCCAUGUCAGGCCCUGGCCUGCAGAAUCGGGAUAUGGGUAUGCAGCAUGAUGUUGCGAGAUUCAACAGCGGAGGAUAUAGCGGGCCAUCACCCAUGUCAGGAGGUGGCCCAAAUCUAGGUGGUGGGCCUGUGAAGGGACCAGAAAGAAGAGACUGGGGACAAAACAAACCCAUGGGAGCUGGAUGGUCCCAAGAUGGAGGUCAGGGACACCAGAUGGAAGGUUCUCGAAACUGGGAUAAACAGGAUAAAGAGGGAGUUUGGGAUAGAGGAGGGGAAGGAUACUGGCUUGAUAAACAAGUCAUGGGGGCCAUGCAGCAACAUCCCCCUGUACCUCCCGGCCCUCCUCAGAGUCAGUUAAAUUCUCCAUGGAUGGCGCCACCUCCAAGACCACCAGUGCAGCUGACAGGACAGCCAGGUUCAGGUUCUGUUUUGCAUCCAUUCUAUCCAGGCUCAAUGUAAACUGUAAUUAUGCAGCAUUGAUGCAUUGAGAAGUGUCAUACAGAAAUAUUGAGAAAUGGAACUUUCCAGAAAGUCUUUUCAAAAUUUGCCCUUUUGAUUAGGAGCUAUUACAGAGAAUUCCAUACUGCUGUUUUUGAAGAAGUCUUUUAUACCUAGAUGCAGAAAGAUUUGGGCCUGAAUGCUGCAAAAAAUGACUUUCUGUUUUAUAAAGUAGUUAAAAUAGGAAUUCAUUCAAUGUUGCCAGUGUUUAAGUGAGCAUUUGUAGCUUGUUUUUAUUAUUUUUCCCCAAAGCAGAUAGGUUUCAUAAUGGGAAUUCUAUUCGUAAAUUUUGCUUAGUGUUUAGAUUGCUCUCUAAAGAUCUUCACUGCUGCUUCAGUUACGUGGCUUAACUGCACCAAGAUUUGUUUCUCGGAACAACUAUGAUACAGAGAAAAUGUUCACAAUCUUCCUGGUUUGAAAAAAAAUGUUUUCCCUUUGUGUUGAUGUUUUAAAACAGCAGGAACAGGUGAAAAGCAAUAUAAUUUAUGUUCUCUUUUUAUUGAAGAAAUUGUUUGAACUGUACUACGAAAAACUGCAUUUAGGUGGUUUGUAUUUUGAAACAAGUGCUGUUGCCUACUCUGUGAGUUCCUACAGAUAAUCAAGAUUUAAGACUGUCUUCCUCACCCCCAGAGGAAUUUGUGUAUUCUCUUAAAAGAUUUAAACAUGAAAUUGAUGCUGAUGCCCACACAUUGAUAACGAACAUUGCAAGGGCAUGUAAAAUGAUGAUAAACACCUUAUUUUGGUCAAAAUUACAGUUUCAAAUGAGAGUAAUGUAGGAAUUCCUGCGUAUUGCUUGCACUUUUUUCAGUUUGAAUGUGGCAGAUGUCUUGAAUGAGUUUCCAUUUUUAAAGAGCUGUAGUGAGCAUGAGUUUCAAGUUGUUUGUUUUCCAUUUUUUAUUCAGUCAUUACAUGUAUCAGUUUUCAUGUAGUCCUUGCCAGUGUUAUGAAGCUUUGUCAAAGAUGCCGGAGGUAGAGUAACGCAAGCAUUAACUGUCUGGACACUGCUUUAUGUCUACUCUUCAUUUCCCCAUUUGGCCUAGAGCAAGGACUAAUUCCCAGUCCUUUGUCAUAUGUGCCCAUUACAACAGGAAGUAUUGUAUUGUAGAAUGGCUUUAACCCUUUAUUUGAACAAUCAAUAUUUUAGCGCUCGAUUUGUUAGCUAACUGCAAAUUUAAGGUAUUUUUCUUCAAGCUGCUUGCUGGAGAUUUUAUAACAUUUUAACACACACUCAUGCAGAUUCAUAUUCUCUUGGGUUUGCAGGGUUGUUUUUGGUGAGGAGGUGAUGUUUGGGGGAUGGAUUUCUUUUUACCCCUUCUCCUUUUCAUUCCAGAAUACAAGCAAGUUGUUGACAAAAUCUUAUUGUUGUAACUUGAAUUGUUCUUUGUAGUCUGGUUUUUAUUUUUUGUUGUUUUGGCUCAUCAGGCAUUCCCCCAUGUGAGUGGUAGGAAUCCUAGGCAUUGUGCUGAAAGAUUAAAUUAAUGAUUUAGUUUGACAUAUGCUUUCCUCUAAGGAUGAUGACAAGAUUGGUGUUUGUUUUUGUUUUUGGUUUUUGUUUGUUUGUUUGUUUGUUUGUUUUUUGUUGGUGUUAUUCCCAUCAAUGCUGCUUAAGUUAAACAUGUUAAGUCUGGCUGUUAAACCAUAUUCAAACAUUUCAUAGACUGUAGUAUGUCACAUGUCUGUUUUAUGUCAAAGUACAUUUGAAUGGCUGCCUUUUGAUGCCAAAAAUACCCAUUAUUUUUAGAAAUACUAAUAGACAUGUGACGUAAUUUGAUGUUUUCCAUCCCAGUUUUGUUUAAGUGGUGUAUUGUGCACCCAAAUCACUUAAUUAUAUUUAUCACAGGAGAAGAUCCAAAAUUUCAAAACUGUAAAGGUUAGAACAUUAAGACACAAUGUGUAUAUGAUUUAUAAUGUAUUUACUUCUGCUGGGACCAUCAGAAGGCAUCAAGAUUGAUUACAAUGGAAAAUGAGUUAUCGAGAAAAGUUAAUUAAAGCACAUUAAUUAGUUAUUUCCCUAUAUAAUUGUUGACUUUGUAAAGGGGAGACAAAAAGCUUCCAACAUACCUGUUACUGUUAAUUUCAACACUAUCAGGGAUGACAGCCAUGAAUAAAUAUUGAUAUUGAA